GAUGUGCACAGAUUUUAAAAAGCUAGCACCUGGCUGCAGACCUAUGGGGAGUGGAGCUCCACUCCAGAACGGAAAUACGUCACCUCCACUGUCUAUGACGCACCUCCACUCCGCCCCUACAGUGGUGGCUGCCUGGCCGCGCUUUUUAAAAUGUGUGCACAUCUUGGAGGAGCUACGUGAAAGAAGAUAUCUCUUGAGAGACUUGUACAACUUAUACAGAUAUACAGACCAGAAUAAACGUCAUUCUCUGAUAGUAUAUGUCUGUGAUUGGUGGGUAAAGUGGCAUUCUAUGCCAAUCUGAUACUAUUGGAUACUCUCUAAGAGAGUCUCUUGAUACCAACUGCUACAGUGUAUUUUCUCCCCAGAAACAAGCAUAUUUUGUAGAUUAAGUGAUGGUAAUUGUUUUUUUUAAUGAUGUCGUCACCAAUGCAUGAUAACUUUAGGUAACUUGUACUGUCAAAUUGUCAGUCUGUGGUAAAUUGAUGAAGGUGAAGACCGUUUAUCUAGAGACAGCAGUGCGACCCUAUUCAAGAGAUGGAGAGAACUGUGAGGUAUGUGUAUGGGAGCAAAAAAAUACCUGCCACUCUUCCUGAAGAGGUCACAGCUCACAGACAUUACCCUCAGCAGUUGUUUCCGACUGAAACAACUUGCCAGUUGUGUCCAGAGAACCCUAACUUAGAGGAGGCUGUGCGAGUCACCAGCAAAGCUAAAAUAGUUGGCAUGGAAGGUGUCACACAAAACAUUUCAACUUACAGAAGAAGGUGCACCAAAUGCCAAAUGAUGUACAGGUACCAGGAGUGGACAGAUGGCCUGCACAACUACAAUGACCGCGUCAUCCUGACGCUGCAGCUGUGUCAGUAUUUAAGACACAAUCUUCAGAAUCAUGUGUCUGUGUCCCGAGUCAUCAAUUCUCUUGAGACUUUGUUAAAGAUGAAGUUUCCAGCCAAUGAGUUAAUUUUUCAUGGAUACUGCCAAUUUGAGGCACUCUGCAACACAGAGUACAAAUACUCUUGUGUAAAUUGUGGCUUUUACCCUCCAGUGGUGGUUAUGGACCUCCACAGGAAAGGAGUGUUCAAUUUUGAGGUUAGUGAGCUGGAACAACCUAGGGAUGACUUUUGCGGUGAACACAACAUAGAGGCUUUCUGGGAAUCUGUUCAUCUGCACAUGAUCAGCCGAGGAUUUUUUGAGUUCUCUUCACAGAAUCCAUUUGUUGUUAAACCAACAUAUGACAACUGGGCACCUUGGAUCGGAAGGGAGACUCGUAAAGGAAGUACUGUGCUUAACACCGAGUUCGAAAAGGCCCCAGUGCAGAGCUGCUCGGCUAAACCUCAGUUAUGCGAUAUAACAGAGGACCGCCUGGUUGAUGAGCUGCUGAGGCAAAAGGUGUCCACCAUUCGCAACCUGUGCAAAUCCUGCAACAUGGACACAAAGGGGUCACGCAUGGACCUUGUGAACCGGUUACGGGGGGAAAUGAAGAGCAGGCAGACCUAUGACAAGGUGUUUCAGUCGAUUUGGGGGGCCUCUGGUGGAUGGUCUGUCAUUAUGUGCCCUCAUGGAAUUGUUUACAGCCUUAAAUUCAAUUUAAGAGCUGAAAGCCCCAGGGACUUUGCAGAUGUACUUCUGUCGUGGAAGCAUUUGCCGAAUGUCUGUGUGUAUGACUUUGCGCGGGGGUUGGUAGCCCAUACCAAUCUAAGAGUCCCAGACAACCCUCCAUUUCAGCCCUUUGAGGGAAGGCUUGCUGAGCCAACAACUAACAAUGUAGAGGCUGCCACACAUGGACAACUUAAAGUGCAUCUCCCGUGGCUGGUAGAGAGACUCAGUCAACCGGAUUCCAAUGGCCAUCCUGUGACAGGCUCAGGAAAGCACUAUGUCCUCUAUGACAAAUUCCACCAGUCAAACACAAAAGAUCCACAGGAUGUGCUGCGCAGAAUCUUCAUUGCUCCUGAACUGCAGGCAACUCUGAACAGUCAGGUGGCUGAGCAACUGUUCGCUUGUCUGAGGAAGAACAAUUACUUUCUAAACAACAUGGGACCAUCUGCUCACAUCUUCCUGAUGCGGAACAUCAUAGAGCACAGGAACAACCAGCAAAACAACACACUGCUGAAACGCCAGCUGAGAAGGGGUCUUCAGGUUCAAGACCUGAACAGUGUCACCCUGUCAGACUUGGGCCAAGUGCUACUAGGUGCAAAAACAUUGCCAGACAGAACAUCACAGCAAAGUCAUCCGGAAGGUCUACAGCCACCUGUAAUUGAAGUGUCACCGCAAAGUGAACCUUGUCUGUUGAACGCUUCAACUCACUGUGGGCAGGACUGUGCAGCACUGACUGUCAUUGUUAAUAUCAGGCCCUGCAGAAGUUCGUGGGGUCCUAAUGGAGUUCAUCCCCUUCAGGAAAAGCUGUUCAACUACGUACUGAAUGACAGUGGGCCAGCAAAUGAGCUCAUUGUUAAAGCUGGUCCAACAUGUCUAACCAGGGAGAAUUUACUGACCUUGGGGACAAACAGGGAGAUGGACUCUGUGGUGGGGAAUGCUUGUUUGAGGUUGGUUCAGGAGAUGGUCCAACUUCAGGGGAAAGAUGUUUUCAUCAUGGACCUUCACACGCCCCCAACAUGGCUCCCACCCAUGGAUUGUGACCCUCUGCAUAGUCUUCCUGUGGAUUACGCGAAGAAGACACUGAUAUUUCCUCUGUGGACUCGAGGGCAUUAUCUGCUUUGUGUCAUGGAGCCACUGAAAACAUUAAUCUUGUUCAUGGACUCGAUGUAUGCCAAGAAAGAACAAGGCUUUGGGCACAAGCCUUAUCAACACAUUUUGAGGGCUCUUGCACAGAGGAUAGCACCAGGACCUUGGCAGGAACAGACAGGGCUGGACAUUGAGGUGAUAUUUGUAUUGACAGUAUGCUUGGUACAUCGCCCUGGAGACACCAUUUGAUUUCUCCAUACAUGACAUGCCCUACCUGAGGAGGUGGUGGUGCACAGUGUUAAUGGAGAAUCUGGAGAUCGAGGGGCAUGGAAGAAGAUUCGCACAUUUCACAGAGGAGGGCAGAAAGACGGCAGACG